AUGCUAAUGUUGGUGGAAGCUGGCGGCGCUUUUCUCUCCACCGGCCCCGGCCUUGCAGCGGCGCCGUACGCGGCCGGUGCCAUCGUUGCGGCACCCGUCGCCAAUGCCCUCGGCCAAAUCGACAUGGCCAAAGUUGCCGAACUCCCGGACAUCCCGGACGAGCCGAAGCACGGUGAUCCGGAGCCCACGAAGCCCCAAGUAACCCCCACAACGCGAGGCACACCGUCAACUACAACGCCAGACACAACGUCAACCACAGCGCCAGGCACAACCUCAACCACGGUUUCCUCGUCCUCGGCACCCACGCCUACCGAGCCUCCAGUCCCCUACGUUGUCGUUAGCAACAAGGAGUUGACCCGGGAGGCUGGAACAGACCUCCAAAACCGAAUGCGGCCGUAUGCCGUUGGACCUAUACAAGUACACUUUAGAGAAGACGAGCAGGGUCCCCAGACAAUGAUCUUCCUUUUCACCACCACGCCGACAUUGGCAAAGGACCUGGAACUCCUCAACGACGCGGAUAUAGGUUGGGUCUUCCCGGAAUCCGACAUAGGGGACGGCGGCGAGGAACCCUUCCCUCCCAGCCCGUCAGAGAACCUGCUUCCUCUAAUAACCAAGCCCGACUUAGUAGCCCAAGGCAUCUUGGUUGAUCCGGUGGCGGCCACCUCACUAAUGACCUUGUCACAACCCCCUGAAUUUGCAUCAUAUAACCCUGAUGAUAUGCCUGGGUACGCUUACCCUGAAAGUGCAGGAAAGGGCGUCACGGUCUACAUUAUCGAUACCGGGGCAACCCCAACUCACGACGAAUACAAACAGUCGCCCGGAAACAAACGUUGGAUCUUUAUUGACGAAAACACUUCGAAGUCGGACAGCGAUCUCAAGUCCGGACAUGGCACCUGUGUCCAGUCGCUCGUCAACGGGCCUCGCUUUGGCGCGGCCAAGGAGGCUGACAUCGUGAUUGUUAAGCUUCCUGAUUCUCCGCUCGUUUCCGACAUCGUCAUGGCCCUCUAUUGGGUAACAGACGACAUUGCGGCGAGAAACUUGGAAGGAAAGGCCGUCGUCACCAUGUCUGUCCUCUUGGCUGGCGUCGACAUGGAGAUGAGCAAAGCAUUCGGCACCCAAAUUCUAAAGGAUGGGUGGGAUGCCAAGAUGGAGAGCCUGAGAGACCAGAUGGAGCUUCUAAUAUAUCUCGACGUUCCCGUCGUGGCGGCUUCGGGAAACUUACGCCGGGAUUAUGAGCACAUCGACACAUUUCCCGGCAUUUUCGCAACGGAUAUGGACGUCAUCGCCGUUGGUGCCAUGAAUGCCAACGGCCUCCGUACAUCAUACUCGCAAGGCGACAUCGACGAGGUCACCGUACUGGCCAUGGGCGAGGUCGACUGCGCAAGAAGAGACAGGGACUACGAAACAAGACACGCUUUCGGGACCUCCUUCGCCGCACCGAGAGUGGCCGGGAUGAUUGCCACCUGGCUGAGCAGCGACAGAUAUCGCGAACGCCUCCAAGUGAAGGGAAAAGUCGCGGCAAACGUCAAGAGCUUGUUGAAAGAGCUGGCGUACGUCAAGAUGCCCGCUUCGAAGAGCGACGGCGGUUACCCGUCCAACUUCUACAACCCCGCCGGUCAUGACUCCUACAGGAUUUAG